AUGAGUGCCAACCACAUCGAGAUCGUCCAGAAGGCGAAGAAUCCUCGCAAGUGGAAUGUUCGAAGUCGGCUCCAACUUCGACCGAACUCCGACGACGACCGACAACAGUAUUCCUGCCGAGGUCUUCAUCCCGCGCUCAAGGACUCGCCGACGACCCUUGUGGCUUCCGUCAUCCUGUCGGUCUUGCACCCCCCCGACCCCCCACUCAUCACAGGAUACCCAAAAGGAGACAUCCUGCAGGAAGGGGAACAGAGAUCCCUCACCUGCAGAGUCACAGGAGGCAACCCACGUCCCUGGGUUCUCUGGUACAGACACGGCAGACCCCUCGACCCCGCGGUGGCCGUCACCCUUCAGAGCCUCCGGGCGGAUGCGACCGUCAGCACGAAGGCUCCCGUCAGCAACGUCAGGGAGGAAGGGAGUGUCAGCAGCGUCCAGCAGGUGGUGGGGUCCAGGCACGAGGACGGGGCCGUGUAUGAGUGCAGAGUGACAAGCCCUCUACUCCCCCGCCCGCUCUCCACCAACGUCACUCUCUCUGUCCACUACGGACCCGCGUGGGUGGAGGUGACAGGGCCGACUGUCGCGGCGGCAGGACAGCAAUUUGCAGUGACGUGCCGUACCUCCCCUUCCAACCCUCCGGCAACAAUCACGUGGAGACUGCAAGGAAACCGAGUGACUUCCGGUGCCCAGCUUAUCAAAGAGGAUGAGGGAGGAGGCUGGGUGACCUCCUCAGAGAUGACUUAUCAUCUGGCCAGGUCAAGAAAGGUCAGCGAACUCACAGUGGAAUGCAUAGCCCAGGAUGAAAAAGGAGAUAACAUUGUCUCUCAGACUCAUGUUAUCAGCAUUAUCAAGCGCCCUGGCUGGCCUGUGGUGGAGGUGGAGGAGACGGAGGAAGGCGCAGAAAUCGCUGCAGGAGACACAGUAAACGCUGUUUGCGUCUCUGAGGGGGGUAUUCCGCCCCCUGAUGUCUUGAUGUACAAAGGUGACGAAAAGCUGCCCAUUACAGUAGUUUACGAAGGCGCGGUGACCCGGGCAAGGGCAGAGGUGAAGGUUACAGCAGCAGAUAAUGGGGCAAAGGUCAGGUGUGACGUUAUUAACCCGCGACGAAGAAGCCAAUCAGCGCUCACCAAAGUCUUAGUGUUAAAUUCACGCCCUGGGAGGUGACUGGGUGGGUCUCGCCGGAAGCUGUGGAAGCCGGACAGGAAGCUAUCCUCACUUGUGAAACAUCCUCGAGUCUUCCAGCGUCUUCCAUCAGC